GUUGGAACUGGAAGGUGAUUUCAUCAGGAAGAGUGUAGUCGUACUUGAAAGUGUACAUUACAAGACCAAAGACAGCAACGGCGAAUAGACUACGAAAAUAGCUGCACUGACUCACUCGAAUGCUAUUCUACCUUGUCAGGCAGAAUACUGAGAAAGGUAAGAAUAUUUGAGACAUGAUAAAUUAAUGCUAUUUAUUUCAUUAAUAAACGAACACAUACAACAACGACCACGCCCUCAGCAAUAUUUGCACAGAUUAAACAGUCGUGUUGGCACAUUUCUAACGUUAUAGCUGCUGUCCGUUUAAGGAUGUGUAAAGCCGUGGUGUGCAGUUUAUGACAGUCGAAUCUUUAUAUUUUAUGGAAAUGUUAUUUGUCAAAUUUGGUAGGUCAUGGAACAUACAUUGGCUGGUCAACUAUGCAGCAUAUUUUGCUUUGGCAAGCAAACUCUUGAUUGGCUAACUAAACCUAACCAGCUAAAUCUGAUGGGCCCCAAGCCUACCUACUAGCUAGUCACCCUUGAUGCACUGACACUGCAGACACGUUUCUAUGCUAACAAUGCUCUUUCUUGUAGGUAACGCUAGCAAGAUAAACUAGGCCAACAAUGUAUCUGGCAAACGUUACCUAGUUAGCUUGCUAACUAACCCUCAGCCUACUGAGCACAUAAACUGUGUUACAUGUAUAUGUGAGCUAGAUUAUUCUCAGUAGUAGUUCAUAUCAAAUGUGAAUACUUUAUCCAGAUCUGAAGUGCAAUAUUAUCGUCUUCUAUCGACACACGAACAUUUUAUGCCGCGUUCACGUGCUAUUCACGUGCUAACCUAAACUCGGAAACUCUCCGAUUUGCUAACUCGUUGUAGUUAUACACGUUCCGCGUUCAACGAAUCAGCAAGUCGGACAUUUCCGAGUUUCGUAGUUCCGACUUGCAUAUGAACGCGGCAGUAGACUGGCUUGUUUUGUUGAUUCUCAUGUGACAAAGGGAGAAGUGGGCGGGGUGAUGUAUAAGUAUGAGGUCAUUCAUGGGGGCGCGCAGCUGUUUACUGGGUGGGGACUGCCAAACACUAGUGACUGGUCCAACCCUCACUGCAGUGUCUCUCCAGAAUACCUCAUGUCCAGAAAUCACGAUAUAGAGUUUAAAAUUAAAGAUACAGUUAUUGGGUAGGAUAUUCCAAUAUAUUUGCCCUUUAUUUGAACACGAAUGAGUUCUGUCACAAUCCUCUUAUCACACGUCAUUGAAGUGGACCUACCCCCAAACCAAAGUCCUGUAUUUCCUGAUUGUCUGAUUGUAAUGGUGACAUCGCUGAUUCUGUUUUCCCAGAUGUCAGUCACAGAGGAUCUUCCUGAUAUGGAUGGAGUGGAUCUGCUGGGGAUCCUGUUCCAGUAUGGGGAGACUGGAGCCAACGAUCCCUUCUUCCCAGAUGGGAAUGGGCUAGAAAACUGGCUUGCGGAGCAUGAUGUAUGUCUCCCACUUAGGAAUAAGACUGUUUUUUAUGUUUGCUAACCAAUAGGCUAAUAGAGUUUUAGUAAUUGGCAGGGAACAAACCAUUCAUUUAAUGGCAUGUAGAGUACUAUUAAAGCAGAAUUAUUUUUUUGUUUUACAUCAAUAAUGUGAUAAACUUCCUUAUAGUGCUGAGCGAUUAACUGAAAAGUCGGUUUUUAGACUUUUUUUACAAAUAAUUGUACCGACGUUGGUUCAAUUAUUUGAAUUCCAUUUCAUUAGUUUUUUUCUGUGAGCUCGAUGUGCAGUUUCUCUAGAGAUAAAUCAGAUCAAGCCCGAACUGUGCGAAGUAGUAGGGAGUUGUAGUUUCCAUCAGACAAUAUUCUACAUACAGUGGGGAGAACAAGUAUUUGAUACACUGCCGAUUUUGCAGGUUUUCCUACUUACAAAGCAUGUAGAGGUCUGUAAUUUUUAUCAUAGGUACACUUCAACUGUGAGAGACGGGAAUCUAAAACAAAAAUCCAGAAAAUUACAUUGUAUGAUUUUUACGUAAUUAAUUUGCAUUUUAUUGCAUGACAUAAGUAUUUGAUACAUCAGAAAAGCAGAACUUAAUAUUUGGUACAGAAACCUGUGUUUGCAAUUACAGAGAUAAUACGUUUCCUGUAGGUCUUGACCAGGUUUGCACACACUGCAGCAGGUAUUUUGGCCCACUCCUCCAUACAGACCUUCUCCAGAUCCUUCAGGUUUCGGGGCUGUCGCUGGGCAAUACAGACUUUCAGCUCCCCCCAAAGAUUUUCUAUUGGGUUCAGGUCUGGAGACUGGCUAGGCCACUCCAGGACCUUGAGAUGCUUCUUACGGAGCCACUUCUUAGUUGCCCUGGCUGUGUGUUUCGGGUCGUUGUCAUGCUGGAAGACCCAGCCACGACCCAUCUUCAAUGCUCUUACUGAGGGAAGGAGGUUGUUGGCCAAGAUCUCGCGAUACAUGGCCCCAUCCAUCCUCCCCUCAAUACGGUGCAGUCGUCCUGUCCCCUUUGCAGAAAAGCAUCCCCAAAGAAUGAUGUUUCCACCUCCAUGCUUCACGGUUGGGAUGGUGUUCUUGGGGUUGUACUCAUCCUUCUUCCUCCAAACACGGCGAGUCGAAUUUAGACCAAAAAGCUCUAUUUUUGUCUCAUCAGACCACAUGACCUUCUCCCAUUCCUCCUCUGGAUCAUCCAGAUGGUCAUUGGCAAACUUCAGACGGGCCUGGACAUGCGCUGGCUUGAGCAGGGGGACCUUGCGUGCGCUGCAGGAUUUUAAUCCAUGACGGCGUAGUGUGUUACUAAUGGUUUUCUUUGAGACUGUGGUCCCAGCUCUCUUCAGGUCAUUGACCAGGUCCUGCCGUGUAGUUCUGGGCUGAUCCCUCACCUUCCUCAUGAUCAUUGAUGCCCCACGAGGUGAGAUAUUGCAUGGAGCCCCAGACCGAGGGUGAUUGACCGUCAUCUUGAACUUCUUCCAUUUUAUAAUAAUUGCGCCAACAGUUGUUGCCUUCUCACCAAGCUGCUUGCCUAUUGUCCUGUAGCCCAUCCCAGCCCUGUGCAGGUCUACAAUUUUAUCCCUGAUGUCCUUACACAGCUCUCUGGUCUUGGCCAUUGUGGAGAGGUUGGAGUCUGUUUGAUUGAGUGUGUGGACAGGUGUCUUUUAUACAGGUAACGAGUUCAAACAGGUGCAGUUAAUACAGGUAAUGAGUGGAGAACAGGAGGGCUUCUUAAAGAAAAACUAACAGGUCUGUGAGAGCCGGAAUUAUUACUGGUUGGUAGGUGAUCAAAUACUUAUGUCAUGCAAUAAAAUGCAAAUUAAUUACUUAAAAAUCAUACAAUGUGAUUUUCUGGAGACUGAGAGAACGUGCGAUCGAGAGGGAUAGAAUCAGUUGUUUCACGAGUGUGAAAAUACAUGAUCUAAGUAAUUGACAGUUGGUAUUCAGAAGUCAUAUUUACUUUGAAGAACUACUAAAAUAGUGAUUUUGUCAGACGGCAUAGGCAGCAGCUCUAUAGAGAUGAGACGAUGACUUGGAAUGAAAUAAUAAAGUCAUAAAAUAUUUUAUUAAAGUGAAGUAUUUUAAGAAAUUAUGGUUUAAUACGUGAUAAGCAGUAAUGGGCAGUCACUACCAUCAUGGGACUUUUAUUAAUUGUUUUAUUCAUUGUUGUUACAACAUUCAACCCACAUAAUGCAAAGUGCAUUUAAUGUAAAAUAAAAUGAUCAAAAUCGAAAACUGUGUUUUUUAAUGAUCGAACUGAAACCAAACCGACUCCAAAAAGCACUAAUCGCUCAGCACUACUUCCUUACUUUAAAGGAGAAUAACUAUUUUUCACAUUUGCUCUUUGUCGAAUAAACAGUCAUAUUGAAUUGAAUGGACACCAACGUUCUGCUGUGUUGUAGAUGCUGACAGGCAUGGACACUGAGGACUUCCUGUCCAGCCUGCUGGAGGGAGAAGACAACAUGGCCACCUCGUGUGUUUCACACUCUCCACUGGGAAGCGACAGCGGCAUCUCUGACGACAGCAGCAGUGGCGGCGUAGUCGGCCAGAACUUCCUGGCCUGUCCCAGCCCCCAGGGGAGUGACAGUGACCCCGCGCCCAGCCCAGGGUACUCCCAGCCCAGCCCGGACUACUCAGACACUCCCCUGAUGGCCCUUGAGCUCGAGGCUGAGAGCCCUGAAGCCCUAGCUGUGCAGACGGACCACAGCUACUCUCUGCUCCAGGGAGGAGACAUGGAUGCUCUACAGAGCGUGAGGGCUGAGAAGCCUGACAUGGAUGUCUUUAUUGAUCUGGGUAUGUGUUGAUCUAGACCUUUUAUACUUGGCUAACAGGUUCAUAGCUUUGGGUGGUAUGAAAGAAUGAAGGAAUAGUUGCAUGACAUCAAAUUGGCUGUUGUCAGUUAAACUAAUUGGAUAGUUUGUUGGUAGUUUGAGCGUCUACAGACUAACUGUAGACUGACUUUAGGGGAAUCCUGAAUAAUGCAGCCUUUUCCAUGUUUUUGGGAUUAAGUCCAGCAGAUUUGAGUCCAGUCACUUGACUCUUGUCCUUGGGCUAAAAGAUUUCACAAGAAUAUCCUAGUAAGGUUUGAGAACUUUACUGUUCAUGUGAACAGAAACAAUGAAUAUGUGGUGUUUUUGGCUCUCCUGUUCAUCAGACGACCUGGACAGUGAGGGGAUGGAAAUGGAACAGAUCUAUUCCAGUGAAGAACUUCCCUGUGCUCUCGCCAUAGAGGACUCUACACAGAACAACAAAGCUGAUCUGGUGAGUUUCACAUAAUCAAAUGGGUAUUAUAGACGAGGAAACAAGAUGAUGAAACAAGUCUUGAAGAUGGCCCCGUGUAGGUCAGUUGGUAGAGCAUGGCGCUUGCAACGCCAGGGUUGUGGGUUCGAUUCCCACGGGGGGUCAGUAUGAAAAAAUGUAUGCACUCACUAACUGUAAGUCACUCUGGAUAAGAGCGUCUGCUAAAUGACUAAAAUGUAAUCCACAGUAGGGGAAAAGGCUGUUUUUGUUUUGUUGAUGAAGCGGAGGGGAGGAGCAUCGCCCAACGUGUUACAAAAAAAUUGGCAGUACAUAUCCUGCUUUUGCAUCGCACGUCUGUUGUUUGUGUCUGUUUACAGUAACUUCUUUGAUGUAAUAUCGCAAAUGGACGUGGCAAUUUCAUCAUUAAGGAUUCCAGUUUUAAAUACGCUUGUCAAACUUAUUGCCAAACUCAUUGUUUUAGUAAGAAUGGCACUGACUACAUGAUUUGAGUACAUCAGGGUUCCCCAACUGGCUGAAUUUUAUUUGGCCCCCAAGUUUUCUGAGCUAAAAUCGUAUAGAAAUGUAAACAAGGUUUGAAAUGUUUUAGUCAAAUAUUAUAUCCGUUUGGGCUUCUUGUGGUCAAUUUGUAGUCUCAAUCAAUUACAUUUAUUUGUGAAGCCCUUUUUACAUCGGCAGAUGUCACAAAGUGCUUAUACAGAAACCUAGCCUAAAACCCCAAACAGCAAGCAAUGCAGAUGUAGAAGCACGGUGGCUAAGAAAAACUCCCUAGAAAGGCAGGAACCUAGGAAGAAAUCUAGAGAGGAACCAGGCUCUGAGGGGUGGCCAGGCCUCUUCUGGCUGUGCUGGGUGGAGAUUAUAAGAGUACAUGGCCAUUAAGCCCAGAGUGUUCUUCAAGAUGUUCAAAUGUUCAUAGAUGACCAGCAGGGUCAAAUAAUAAGAUUAUGUCUGGUGAGAGAACAUUUUGUUCAUGUACUCCGGGGAUCAUGACUAGAUUCAGCAAAUGAUUUGUAAUUAUUUUCCGGCCCCCUGACCAGCCCUCAAGAACAAAAUCGGCCCGCGGCUGAAUCUAAUAGUUACGAUCCCUGGAGUACAUGAACAAAAUGUCAUCGCAUAAGACAUAAUCUUAGUGGCAAAGUGGUGUACGUGUGGCCUUGAGCAGAUCUCAUAAAAAUGUUUUUCUUCCCUUUAGUUCCAGUUCAAGGAGAUUGUUCUGACUGAUGAGGAAAGGAGACUUCUCGCUAAGGAAGGAGCAACCAUACCGUCUUGUAUGCCUCUUACUAAGGUCAUUUUCUCCAUUAAUUUAUUACAAAUACUUGUUGAUGCACUGGAGACCAACCUAGAAACCAUUGUAAACAUUGAUCUAAUUGGCAUUCAGAGAGCACCCCUUAAAAAUGACAGCCAGAUAAUGGAGCUCUCAGGCUAGGACAGGGUGAGAUAAUGGCUAAUGGGGUUAGCUAGGGAGGUGUGACACAAUCUACCCAAUUUGUUGCUACCUUAGUGUUGAGCUUGCUAAUAUGAAGGGAUAAUCUAUCAGAGGAGGCUGGUGGGAGGAGCUAUAGGAGGAUGGGCUCAUUGUAAUGGCUGGAAUGGAAUUAAUGGAACUGUAUCAAACAUGGAAAACACAUGUUUGACUCUGUUCCAUUUAUUCCAUUACAAUGAGCCUAUCCUCCUAUAGCUUCCCUCACCAGCCUCCUCUGUAAUCUAUGUUUCAUAUUUGGCCAGUGAACAGAAAAUGUCUAUUAAAUAAUAGAAAUCUCUCCUGCACGCACGUUUGACUACAGCGUAAUUAUUUGUUGACAUUUCAUUCAAGUUGACCUUUUUUCAAAGCGAGAAAAAAAUUAAACCCUGCAGAAUCACAUCCAAUCAAACCAAAUGAGAAACCUUCCCAGAUAGCUUGUUUUUGGCUCCAGCAGUGAGAUGGCAGACUGCUCCUCAGCACUGUGUACUAUCCGCUCAAUCAUGUCAAGCACACGGGCCCGUGUAGCUCAGUUGGUAGAGCUUGCGCUUGCAUGCCAGGGUUGUGGGUUCGUUUCCCACGGGGGGCCAGUAUGAAAAAUGUAUGCACUCACUAACUGUAAGUCACUCUGGAUAAGAGCGUCUGCUAAAUGACUAAAAUGUCAACGUAAAUGAUGAGUAGCCCUUCCUCCCCUCUCUCUUUGUCGCAGACGGAGGAGAGGACCCUGAAGAGGGUGAGGAGGAAGAUACGCAACAAGCAGUCGGCCCAGGAGAGUAGGAAGAAGAAGAAGGUGUACGUAGAUGGCCUGGAGAACAGGUGAGAGAACGAAUGGAUGGAUCUCUGAAAAUGAGUUGAAAGCCAGCACACACAGUACUAAUAAAGUAUUAAUCAUUGUAUGAUUGAUUUCACCAUUUCACUUCACCAAUGUUUAGCCUGUUAUGUCUUCAUCGGGUCAAAAGGUGUUUGUGUGUGUUAAGUAGGGUUUGAUUGGUUGAUUGACUGAGUUGUUGCUGAUUGGUCCCUAGGGUUUCCAUCUGCACCGCUCACAACCAGGAGCUGCAGAAGAAGGUCCAACAGCUGCAGAAACAAAACAUGUAGGACACCACUGCUGUUAUCAUGAUUAUGGAAUGAAUGUUCUUAUGAUAAGCAUCAGAGAAUGAAUGAAUGAUGUUUGUAGACUAAUAUUGUUCAUUGAGAAAAUGUCUGAUGGUUAUUAUUAUUAUUCUUCUCCCCCCUGUCUAGGUCUCUGAUAGAGCAGCUGAGGAAGCUGCAGUCCAUGAUGAAGAUGUCUACCAUGAAGACAACCACCACCAGCACCUGUGUGAUGGUAAGAGGACUAACACACAGAGUAGAUCUUAACACUUACACCACCACAUAUCCUUUGUUUGGGAUUCUGGGAAUUAAAACUAGUAGUAACCUACUAGUACUGAAGGACUCCCACACACAAGUUUACGUCUGCAGAUGUAUUUAGUUGACAUUUUGGUUGUAAAGCUUUUUCAAAUUGAAGUUAAACUUUAACAUGGUGGUAAGUCGCUCUGGAUAAGAGCGUCUGCUAAAUGACUUAAAUGUAAAUGUAAUGGUGGGUGCUGAGGCAGCUACGUCAUGUUCUUUCAGGUUGCCAGCUCAGCAUGUGUUGACAUUUUUAUAGCUUCAACUGUUUGGGGCAUUAUAGCCCAACCCUGAUUGAGGCUUGAUUAUGGUUUCAUAUGGUGCUCAAGGAGUGCCUGUACUGUAUAAGUGUACUUUAUGUAAGUGUACUAUUGAGGCCAAAGCAACUUGGAGUACCCAUUAUUUUGUCCCACUGCCAAACAAUGGUAUAUUGGAAACAUAAACCAACAAGUACUUCCGCUUCGGUUAACAAAAGGCGAGCGUGCUGCUUGGGUCCGUAAUGAGAGUAAUGAUAUUUCUUAUACAAAACAAGGUUACUUUAACAUAGAAAAACAAAUGGAAGAUAACAUUAAGUUUUCAAUGUUUUAACUUCCUCUCUCUUUUUUUUUUUUUUUACAGUAAAAUACUUUUUGCAUUCAUCGUUGUAAACCGAUGUACCUCAUCUACUGGGUUUGUGAAUCUGGGUCGCACACACCAGAUUUUUAACAGCUUUCUUACGUUUGUUUUUUUCUCUGCUCAGGUGUUCCUGCUGUCUUUCUGCCUGAUCAUCUUCCCCUCUGUCAACCCGUUUGGCCGCAGCCCUGAACAGAAGGAGAUAUACACCCCCUCUUCCGGUAAGUCAGAAGAGAAGUGUCGUCUGAAAUGCUGAAGCUAUGUUUAAAAACUAUGAAUAACAUGUUCUUCUGUUGAAAAUGGCAUUAAUUUAGAGUAUAAAGAAGAGCAAUAAACAACAUCUAAAAUUGUUCACAAAUAUUUCCUGUCUCUUCCAGUUAAGGUGCUGUAUGAAACAUUGUGUAAGAAUUCAGAAGACGUUAACAAGCCUUUCCCCUCUGAACUGUAGUUGUGUCCAGGACCCUGCGCUCCGUGACUGUUGAUUACACCCCAGACCCCAUGCCCCUGGCUUACUCUGAGCCUGUGGAGGAAGCUGACAAUGCUGAGCCGCCCUCUAUCAGCCUCCUCCUAGUGGCCAAGGUAGAGAACCCCAAGGCCAUGUUCACUGGCGGCCAGAACCACACACCUGACUACCAGAAGGUGGAGCAGUCGGAAUCAGAGAGCGGGGUCAACAGCAACUCGUCUGUAGACUUCCCCAACCCAGGACAGGCCGAGCAGAAGCCGGGGGCCGGGCCCGGGGGCCUGCAGGAGGGAUCCAGAGAUCCAGUGGGAACGCCUGUGGCCUACGAGGUUCCAGGGACCAAGGAAAACUGGAUCGACAGGAAGCCAACGUCCAUCAUUAUACAGCAACACCGCUCGGAUGAGAUGUAGACAGAAGAGUCAGUGGUGAAUUAACUAACAGAGGGAGGAAGGGGCUAAUCAAAGGUUUCAGUUAGUAUUAAUAAUGUUUGAUUGAAACUUGGUGGGGAAAAAAGGGUAUUAGACAUUAUUAUUAUCAGUGUUCCCUCUCUCUCUACCUGUUCCUCCUUCUCCUGGUGAUACUACUGUUCCUCUUUGAGCACUUUGUUCUGAUGUUCCGUUCCAGUGGUAGAAUGGACUACUGAGAUUUCCAUUGUUAUGCGUUAUCAUCAUCCUCAUGGGGGGGGGGGGU